CUGGAGAAACGACUUUGACCGCGACGCACAAGGUACAGAGUCACUGAUGAAGCAGCCAGUCCAGCUUCGAGUUGCCCCGCUCCAUAAAACGCACUUAAAUCGACCCGGGAGAGGAACAGAACAGAGUAGACAGAGUCCAUGAAAACUGGAAGAAAAUUCUGGAUUUUAACGGGAAGAGAACCAUCAUAUUAAAUAAUCACAAGAGGCUCCGCGAUUCAAAACAGGCUUCGGGGACACCCGCGAUAGAUUUGCGCGAGUGUUGGACAGCUGCAGCCGACUUCAACUUAUUUUGUCGGGUUCUGUAAAUAAUUGUCAACAAACUUGGACCCGUUAUUUAACCUUCAACCGUUUUCCGUUUCUCUGGGCUCAUUUGCGCGUUUAUUGCACGUUUAUUCUGUCAAUUUUAAGCCUGUUACACAAAGCAGUCCAGUAAAUGACUGACACAUUACGAUUAAAGUCACUAUGCGUGCUUUGUGAGCUGGCUUCUGGUGCAGUGACACCAACAUGCCACUUACCAUAAAGCUGGUUGUUAGGAAAUUACUUUUCAGCGGCUAAUCCUGAUACGGAAUUGUGAGUAAAAUUGGGACACGCCCGCAAGCAAUAAUAGGCAACCUACGCGUUUUAGAAAUCCUGGCAAGAAGUGCAAGACUUCUCCGAUCCCCCUCCUGGGACUGUGGUCUAUUUCAAUCAGAACUGUGGAGCAGACUUGUAGUUUGGCAGUCAAAAGGACAACCUUUCGAACAGCUGCAACACCUCUGGCUACUCGAGUGAACCUUGUUUUCUGGAAGCGAUACCGACGGAGUUGAUGAAUGCCAUUGUCUGUGUUGAUGUCCUCGCCGUAGCACAUGUAAAAAUAGUUCCUCUUAACAUUUAUCGUAUUUCUGAGGAACUCCUUGGAAGGUGACCAACAUAAACUAUUCUUAACAACUUGAAGCACGUCUUUGUACUCAGUGGCACAGUGGACACUUGGACAAGGUAUCCAUUUCCUUGUCCGGGGUUUCGGCAAGCCAAGAGUAGGCUAUGGCAUCCUCAUGGGUAAACUGGAUUUGCUUACUCUGGAGACGGACUUUAGUUCCCUCUCUCCUCGUGCUUUGGGUCACCUGUCUCGGGACACACGGAGGAGAGGAUGACGCUUUUAAUGCAGAGUCAUGGCUGCGGAUGUAUGGCUACCUACCUCAGGCCAGCAGACAGAUGUCCACCAUGCGGUCAGCUCACAUCCUUUCCAACGCCGUCAGCGACAUGCAGCGUUUCUACGGCCUGGCGGUCACCGGGGCCAUGGACCACGGCACGGUGACAGCCAUGCGGAGGCCGCGCUGUGGAGUCCCAGACAAGUUUGGGGGUCAGAUCAAGACCAACGUUCGGCGCAAACGUUAUGCACUCACUGGCCACAAAUGGAACAAGAGCCACCUCACCUACAGUAUACAGAACUACACACCAAAGAUCGGGGAGUACAACUCAUAUGAGGCCAUCCGUAGGGCCUUCAAGGUGUGGCAGAAGGUGACCCCGCUGACCUUCGAUGAGAUCCCCUACCAGGAGAUCAAAUAUGGCCGCAGGAAGGAGCCUGACAUCAUGAUCUUCUUUGCCUCGGGUUUCCACGGAGACAGCUCACCCUUCGAUGGCGAGGGCGGGUUCCUGGCCCACGCCUACUUCCCUGGUCCUGGUAUGGGUGGUGAUACUCACUUUGACUCUGAUGAGCCAUGGACCAUCGGCAAUGGGAACUUACAAGGUAAUGAUUUGUUCCUUGUUGCGGUACAUGAGCUGGGCCAUGCCCUGGGCCUGGAACACUCCAACAACCCAAUGGCCAUCAUGGCUCCUUUCUACCAGUGGAUGGAAACGGACGACUUUCAACUGCCCGAGGAUGACCUCAGGGGAAUACAACAGAUCUAUGGUCAGCCAGACGGUACACCCACCCAGGCUCUUCCCACUGUCACUCCUCGCCAGCCAGCUCAGCCAGACCCCAAACCCCCCAACUCUCCACCCAACUCUCCCCCCAAAUCUCCCCCUAACUCUCCCCCCAAUGCCCCACCCCGGAGGCCAGACAAGCCCCGCACGACUGACCGCCCAGACCACUACGGCCCAAACAUCUGUGAAGGAAACUUCGACACGGUCACCAUGCUCAGGGGAGAGAUGUUUGUGUUCAAGGGUCGCUGGUUCUGGAGGGUGCGGAGGAACAGGGUCCUGGACAACUACCCAAUGCCCAUUGGUCACUUCUGGAGGGGACUGCCUGGGGACAUCGAUGCAGCCUACGAGAGACACGAUGGGAAAUUUGUCUUCUUUAAAGAGAAUAAGUACUGGUUGUUCAGGGAGGCAAACCUGGAGCCUGGUUACCCCCAGGAGCUGACAGACUACGGCAGGGACAUCCCCUAUGACAAGAUAGAGACAGCCAUCUGGUGGGAACCAGCAGGUUUCACAUACUACUUCAAAGGAGACUGGUACUGGCGCUUUAACGAACAGUCCCGUGCGGUAGACAAGGACUACCCCAAGCCAAUCAGUGUGUGGGGCUCUGCGGUCCCGUCCUCUCCCAAGGGGGCUUUCCUCAGCGAUGAUGGAGCUUAUACAUAUUUCUACAAGGGAUCCAAAUACUGGAAGUUUGACAACCACAGGAUGAAGAGUGAGCCGGGCUACCCUAAAUCCAUCCUGAGGGACUUCAUGGGCUGCAGUGUGGACCUGGACCCAGACAGAGACAGGGACACCGACGCAGGCCGCAAGGUCCCCGAAGUGGAUCGCCCGCCCUUCAACCCUGACGCAGGCCGGGACAAGGAGAAGGAGAAGGAGCGGGACAAAGAUCAGGACCGUACCAACGAUGUAGACUAUAAGGACGAGAGAGAAGAGGAGACCAACGAGGUGGACGUGGUGCUGAAGAUCGACGAGAGCGAGACGCGCACUAUGAACAUCAUCAUGGUGACAGUACCCCUGGUCCUGGUGCUGUGCAUCCUGGGACUGAUCUACGCCAUCAUCAACACACUGAAGAGGAAAGGAACUCCCAAACUUCUGGUCCACUGCAAACGCUCCAUGCAGGACUGGGUGUGACCUCUGACCCACUUAAUAACCCCCCCACAACCUGAACCCUACCCUCAUUCCUCUAUCUUCUCAUCCAAAACAUGGUAGUAGAGACAUACGUGCAAAUACAUACACACACGACGCACGCGCACACACACACACACACACACACACACACACACACACACACGCGCGCGCACACACACGCGCACACACACACAGCAAACAUAAACACAUACACCUAACUCGUUCCCCUCCCAUGGUGCUCUACCCAAUGAGUUGACUGUAGUCUAUUUAUAUCAGAACGUUUGCACAUAGUUUUUUUGUUUUUGUUUGGUUCAUAUUGUGUGUGUGUGAGUCUUUUUUUCUAAACCAGGAAGUGUCUGCAUUAUUCUCUCUCUCUCUCUCUCUCUGCCCGUUACAGUGGGUUUCUCUGAGAUAACUUCCAUCUGGUUCUUGGAUUAGCCUUCGAAAGGAAAACAGAGACUUAACAGAGCGAUAGAGAGAGAGACUGCAGCACAGAAUGAAGGGAGUGAAGGAGGUUUGAUUCUGUGAAAAGCAGAGAGCCCCCCCACCUAUCCCUCUCCCACUCCUCCCUCCCACCUCCUCCCUCCCUCAGGACUCCUACAGCUGAAGCAGGCCUACUGCACGUCAGGUAUCAACAGGGGAGAGAUCCGUGUAAAUAGUGUCACUUUUUGAACUGCAACUCACCCAAUGCCUUUUGUCACGAUACCUUCCAUGUUGAACAGCCACUAACUGAACUUUUGGUUUUCUCAUCUGUUUUUAAUUCAAGGGCACCAUGGAUGAUAUUGGAAAUCUUGUCCAUACUUUAUAGACAACUUUCACUAACGUUUGGCUUAUUCAACCAAACAUGGUCCCGUGGUGCCUUUUUCAUUUCUAACCUUGUUUCGGUCCUAUUUAACGGCGGCAAUGAGAGUUUGAGUUGUUAUGAUUAGGGAAAGGUUGGAAAAGAAAGGUGCUUCUUUCCAAUUAUUAUUAUUUUUUUAAGACAAAGGCAAUUCACUGUGAAAUGACUCUGUGUGGGACUUGGAGGAACAGUUGAGGUGCUGAGGUAGGAGAGAGACAGGGGGUAUUGAACGAAUAUCCACUGGGCAAAAACAUAUUGAAUCAAUGUUGUUUUCACAUCAUUUCAAUGUGAGGAUGUUGAAUCAAGGUGGAAAACUGAUUGGAUUUGCAAAAAGUCAACAACGUAAGGGAAUCACAUUUUUCCACCAAACUUUUAACCUAAAUCCAACCCAGCUAGCACAUUUGGUUCCUUGGAGGUUGUGGAAACAGACGUUUUUGGUUAUCCAUUGGUUCUGGGAAAGAAGCCAAACAUGUAUUUUAAACGUUCUGAGAAUGGAAGUGAACAUUUUGCCUGUUCUGGGAACGUUCAUUUGUAGGUUGCAGGGAGGUUGUGAGAACGUUUUACUAUGGUUCCCUGAAAGUUUUCCUGUGAGGUUUUAUUAAUGUUCUGAGGUAGAAAUUGUAGGUUAUUUGAAGGUAAUUAAAUAAAGUUCUGGGAAUAAGACUUUUAAUACUACUGCUAUCUUAGAUUAACUGUUUUGAACUCCAAGCACAGAUAGGACACAUGGAAAUUCACCUUCUUAGGAACUUAUGAUAUUCUGCUCUCUCUCCAUGGACUUAUUAGUCCAUUGAUGCUGAGAACGGAAUGUAUGUUUUUAAAUAACAUUCUUAGAACGUUCUUUGAACGUUACUGAUGUUUUAUUGUGGUAUUUUAUGGAAUCUUUUAUUCAUGUUUCUGAGAAGAUUACUUUAAAUAGAACCAUGAGGAAACCUGCAGAAAACUUUAUGCUGAAAGACUGAAAUUCCCACGGAAGAUAACGUUGUUUCUUAACGUUUUCUGGACGUUCUGAAAACAUAGCUUUAAAUAGAACCAUGAGAAAACCUGUAGAAAAAGUUAUUCUGAAGUACCGAAAUCCCCACAGAAGAACUUUGUUUCUUAACGUUCACUGAACAAUUGGAGAACAUUACUUUCAAUAGAACCAUGAUGAAACCUAUAAGAAACAGUACUGACAUUCCAACCUAAGAAAUAUAAGGUUCUCAGAACUUUAUGAGCUAGCUGGGUACCCUGCACCAUUCCCAGAACAUUGUGGGAAGGUUUUAUGAAAAAGAACCAGAGGACAACCACGCUCUCACCAAGCUCAAAGAAAUGUGAUUCUCAGAACAUUAUGUGCUAGCUGGGAAUGACAUGCUGAAAUGUUUUGUUGAUUUCAUGUUGAAUUGAAGUUAGUUGACAACUCAACCAAAAUUAAAUCAAACUAGAGUUUGAAAUAACAUCUGUGCCCAGUAGGUAAGAGAUUGACUGACACUUUUCAUCUGAGAAAUACUUGGAUCCAGCGAUACAUCAGCCUCCUGAAAUGUUUUAAUAAAUAUAAUUCAAGUAAUGCACCACACAAUGAGCCCUCUCUCUGUAAUACCCUACUCCCCUAGAUUUAAAUAGAUUGGAGGGCUUUCUCUCUCUCUAUCUCUCUCGCUCUCUCUCUCUCUCGCUCGCUCUGAGCUUGGUCUAGAGAAGUUUUCCUCUGAACAUACUCAGAAAAUGUCAGCACAUCCUCUCAAUUAAAAUAGCAGGUGUUUUAAAAUAUUGUUAACCUCCAGCCUAGAAUCUUAGGCCUUCUCUGUACCAAAGCAGGCUUCUUUUCAUUUUCUGAGAGGUCCAAACGGAGAGACAGACUUUAGCAGAGAGGGAGAAGGGGAACGAGAGAGGGCAUGAGAGGCUAAAGAUCUACAUAGGGAGUUCAAAGACAGAAACCUUAUCUGUUAAGUGUUUGGGAAGGCUUACAGUUUGUUCCUGGAUUGUUUUGCCCAGAUGUUGGUGAUUGUUGGAGGGGGUUGGGGAGGCUGCAAGGCAGGCUGAGUGAGAGACCAGAGGUCCAUUCCUACAGCUGAGUAAGGGCAGUAGGGGGAGUGAGGGAGAGGAGCUCGCUGCGGGGCUCUUCCUGUAAGGAUUAUUAUUGGCACUGUAUCCCAUGACCCACAUUCACUAGCUCCAGAGAAGGAACUGUGGAGUCUAUUCUCUGAUACCAAAAGGAAAUAGUAGCACGCAGUGUAUGUAACUUCUUUAUUUCUCACAUUGUUAUGUAUUCCCUAUGCUCUUGUCUUCGACCACAAAGGCGCAUGUACAGUAUGCAUACGUCUGGUAGAUUUACUAGCAGCCCAAAAGAUACUGAGAAAGGAUUUGCUGUAAGGUAGAGAUAAGUCAUUUUACACUCGGAUACCUGACAGCUUUCACUGUUUACCAUCCGUCAAACAGUAGUUGUGAUGAACAUGUCUGUCUGAGGCAUCGACGGGGGUGGGGUAGGUGCACUGAGGAUGCGUGAGAUGCUUCAAUAAUACCACUGAAAUGGGGGGAAGGCCAGUUAAAGGACUAUUAUAAAUAUUAUUGACAGUGGAGAGGAAUCACUGUCAUGAGAGGUCCUGCGUGUGUCAGUGAUGGAUCCCGCUCGAUGGGGUUGCUAGGAGACCGCCUCUGCCCAUUGCCAUCUCAUUGUGCUGCGAGGUUGAGAGGGGAGUUAAUCAGAGGUAAAAGCCUUCCCUCUCCCUUCUCCCCCCUGACUACCCCACCCGUCCCCAUCCACCCACCCAUCCUGAUCAAUGGUAAAAUCACCAUCAGCAGGCCUAGAAGGUAUCUGGACAAACUCAAAAAAUGCUCACUCAUUGUCUGAGACCCAGUCCAUGCCUUACUUGCUCUCUCUUUAUCUGGGAUAGCUAGUGUCUUUGUGCCUGUAUGGAGUAGACUAUCACUGCGAGUCCCAGACCUUUGUGGCUGUUUGUGUUCCUAGUAUGUCUGUCUCUUAGUGUGGAUUUAGUUUCCAGCUGUUUCUCGGCGUGUCUGAGACGUCUCCCCAAUAAGACACUGUAGUCCCCAACCGAUGCCUGCCUUAGAACUAGCUCAAGCAGAUGCAACGGAAAUGUGGGAAAUUUCACAAAGGAACUGCUUGCUUGAAGGCAACUAGAGCCUUUAUAAGAGAACUCUGGGAUUGAGUCCAAGACUGCUUUGUUUUUUUUCCUUUUUUCUUUUGUUUUUCAUGAGAAUUGUUUGGAACAUUACAGCAACGAAAAAUACAGCAAUGAAAAAUACAGUUAAGAAAAAUACAGUUAUGAAAAAUACAGCAAUGAAAAAUACCGUUAUGAAAUAUUAUGUCAGGGAUCGAUUGAGGUAUCAACACCCUUACAGUAUCACUACUUGCUCUCUCUCUCUCUCUCUCUCUGUUCAACACCACUCUACUCUUCUGCACUCGUCUGGUCUACUCUGCAACCCGUCUAGGCCCUGCCUUGGCCCCAGGGGGACUGUAACAAUGGUCUCUCUCACAAAGUGCAGCAUUGUCCUCCAUGCUGUCAUUGCUCCGGCCCAGCAGGAAGGCAGGCUGAGCCCUAGGCCAGGAUCCGGAUGCUUCCUUCCUCCCACAAUCCCACUCUGUCCCUCCCCGCAGCUCUGUCAUGGCCAGGGAGGGAGCAGAGCAGCCAAGGCGGUCUGAUGUUUUAUAUCCAAGACAGAGAGGAACCCAGCAGACUAUGUUGGUUCUAUAUAUUCCGUUAGUUGUUGUUUGUGGCCAGUGCAUUUCACAGGCAUCCUGUACAGUUGCUUCAUAUCGUGUCUCGCGGUUAACCACUAGCUUGACCAACAUGGUUUUGUUAUUCAUUGCAAUCAACAACCACACAGGAUGCCAGACUGCUCUUUGUGGAGAAAAAGAGAGAUCUGUUAGAAAGAUGACACGAUGUCAAGAGAAAGGGGUUCAUUUUGAUCCCUGCGUUCGAUGUCUCAAUCCUCUGUUUGAUGUCUGUCAAGAUCCAGAGUCGUCAACGUCUCGACUCCAGACACACACUCAGUGGGUGUGCAUCCCUAUCCCAGAGUGCAUCUCACCUUACUCACUCAGCUGAGCUUGAACAACUGAAACCACUACACGCUAUUAACUCUCAACUGACUUACGGUAGACUGCUCCUCCCAGGUCCUUGGAAAACCAGGCAACUAAAAGCCUACUCGGCUCUGACAACACAGCGUUACAUCUCACAAAUGUUUUAAAAACUUUACAGCAAUGUUGUGUGAAAGUUACUACCCGGGUAAUGCUUCAGCGAGUAGUUUUUUUUUUUAACCACGCCUAUUAACAUUGAUGGGAUGAAAAUAAAAAAAGUUAAUUUGUCUGUGUGAUUAUCAUGAUUAUUUUGAAUAUUCAUUCAGUUUGUCUUAAUUAUGUGCCGUUUUUUCUCCGAAUUCUCCUUUCAACUUCGUAGGAUUUCUUUUUUUUGUACUUUGAAUAACAUUCCGUGUGUGUUUUUAUUUUGUUUUGCUGUAGAACGUGAAGAUUUUAUACAUUUGCGGUGUGUGUUCACCUCCUGUUGAGUGUGUUAACGAUCCAUGCUGGACAUGUACACAAUAAAACGCUCUGAAAACAAAGAGG